CUAUGACUCCACCAAUCGAAUUACAUAAACCGAUAUAUUUAAAAUAAGCGGUUUUACCCAGGCAAUCGCCUUCGAAUUUCUAUACACUGCAAAUAUCCUGUGGAUAUAUAUAGUAUCGAUGUUCUAAAAACGGGUAAUACAAACUAGGAUCUAGAUUGUACCUCGAAAACCGUUUUUCAAGUAUUAACCGUCUCCCCAAGUUACACUCAUUCGAUACUCGCGAACGACACUCCGAUCAUCAAUUACACGACGACUAAUGGGAACGCGGCGUAGCCUCGAAAAUAUUCUCCGAACACUACGGUCGCACCGGCGGCCGGGUCGCCCUGGUUUUUUGUUUUAUUAUUUACUGCGUGCAAAAGCCAUCUCUAUUAGUCAACUUAUUGAAUGCAAAAAGUAUUUGCCUUGUAGCGAUAACUAUAAUAUGAACAGAAGUUGCAGGUGAUUGGCUCAAAGAGGACGGGCAACUUUAAGCCCGUUCAAUUGGCAGUGAAUUGUAGAACAAGUGUAUUGCCGAAAUCUAAAAAAUAAUGGGAGGCAGUGGAGUAAACGAAGAUGAAAUUAUUCGUCGAAAGCUUCUCAUCGACGGUGAGGGAAUGGGCGAUGAUAGACGCAUUAUAUUCCAGUUUUAAUAGUGUGCAAAUGGAGUGCAUGAGAAUGGACUUAUUCUGUUCUUGCAAAGUGUUAAACAACAAUGCUCGCCAUCAACGUAAACGAUUACAGCUCGAGUUACUGAUGCGAAGUUUUGUGAAGUGGGCAGCUCAAGAAGAGGGCGAGGAAGAUCAAUGUAGCACAUCGCUAACGGCGCUUGAGAAUGCUGUUGAUGGAUGCCUCAAAUCAAUGAUCAAAUCGCACAAGGUGUUGGCGAUGAAUGAAGCUGAGCUCGCGCAGUACAAUGAGUUGUACGCACAGAUUGGUGAUGAAAUUCGUCGGACUGGUGAAGAAAUCGCGAUCGGAAAGAAACAGCUUGCCACUGCCAGACAGAUUCGUGCUAAUAAGGAACAUUAUAAUGCGAUGGCCGCUGUAAUCGCCAAAGAAAAGGAUCGAACCGAAACAACCCGCGAAUUGGAACGGGCCGAAAGGGGUAUGGUGGAACUGCAGAGUAGACGAGAGGCAUUAGCUAGAAGAAUUGAACAACAUCAUCGUCAGUUUCAGGUACUUCUGACCGCUGUGCAACAGCUCCAGCAGCUGAAUAAUAGUGGUGGUAAUGACGAAUUAGCCAAAAGUGACGAUAUACUCCAGGCUGAUGAUGACGCAGAUGACGACGUCGCUCUUCUAGAAGAAGGUGAAAUGGAGGAGGGUCUCGACACCCCAAGUCAUGCUAGCCACACUGUCGGCAUCGGUCUGGACGGCCGUGGCGUAGAAAUGAGCGGAGAAGAUACGCAGGAUACUCUCGAAGGAAGUGUUGUCACAAUGCACACCGAUUAGUAAACGUGUCAUCAUAUUAUAAGUAAAUUCGUUUCUUACUUAAUAGGAAGUCUUGUAUAAUUUGAUUAUAGUUUGUUAUACUAUAAUAGAUUGAGUUUGACUAUAAAGCUGUGUCGAGCCAACCUGGCCUUUACAUAACCUUUCUGCAAAGUACAGUAGAAAAAAUACAUGAAGCGAAAACAGGCACGGUUCUCGUCUACCAGACGCUCGAGCAUCCGUCGAUAGCACCCGCAAGAGCGGAAGAAUAUGUGCGGUACACAAUGAGCUACCGUAUUUCUUUGUAGAUAUUGUGUAGUAAAAAAACGAGAUAAUUGGAUCCGAUGACCUAACGUUUGUGCUGAGUGUAAGACAACUGAUUCAUUAAAAAUCGCGAAAUUUCGGUGAAAAAAAUGACAUUUCAGAUGAUAAGUUAAAUCAUCGUUAAUAUGGUCUCUGUCUUAUCGGUAAUAGUUACCGAGAAAAGUACUUAGUAAGUCUUGGCUUGUUAACCUAGAGAGGUGACCUUGCUUUAAUAUGCACACUUGCGCAUACGAAGAGUCCGUUGGUGUAUGUUACGUUUAAUACCUCGGGUAUGCAAAAACAAUACAAACAAACUAAAUAAUACGAUUACCGCUAUAUUUGUAAA